AUGCCGUCCAAAGAAGGGUCCCAUCACAAGUUCUUUUCACUACGUGGCAAAAAGAAAGACAAGCGUGUUAAGAAGGGCCUGUCCGAAGCACUAGGAGCAUCCCUGGGAGCCAUCGGCCUCAAACCCGAAGACGAAGAAGCCAGCAGCGUCUCCAGCAAAUCCUCCGCCCACGGCACCCUUCAACACCAGGCAUCGCGCGAUUCCCUCCAGUCACUUGAUAUGUCCCUAUUCAACCACCUCAAGAGAUCCUCCAAGCACGACAAGUCAGGCAGCUCCUCCCGCUCCAACUCCGUCGAGCCCUCCAGAGAGAUCCCCCGCAUUGUCACCACCACCCACGCUCCCUCCAUCGUCAACAGGGACCUCCUAAAGCCCAGCAUGUCCCGCCCUCAAGCUCAAGACCGCGCGGUCUCUACCACAUCUGCCUUCUCUGCCGCCUCAGAAUCCACCAUUGCUCCUGAGGAGAACACCCGGAAUAGGACCAGCAUCCUCGACCGGGCAAAGUCUGCCAUCAUGAGCCGAUCCGUGUCUCCCAGCCCCUCCACCUCGCCCGACAGCGCCAGCAGGAAACAGCUGGCCCCGGCCCCGAGAGGCAACCACAUCGUGACUGAUGCGGUUACAACCUUCCGGAUGAAGCUGCAGGCCGAGGUCAAGGGCACCAACGAGCAAAUACUGUCGGCGGGCGUGUCGAGCGAGAACCUCUUCCAGUUCAUCGCCAACGAGCGUCUCAGAAGGAUGCCCGCUAGGGGCAGCCGAUGGGACAAGAUCCUCAAGUGGGCUGAGGACUUUGCCAAGAAGCUGUCUCUCUUCGAGGUGGCCGACGAGAACUUCAUUCCUUCCUCCAAGGAGGCCGUUGAGCUGAUUUUGGCCUCUAUCCAGCUCCUCCUCUUGCUCGGCCCGCAAAACGGCGAGGCUCUGGAGAGGGCCUUUGGCAUCUACCACGAGUAUGGCCUCAUCUUCGACUUUUAUAAACGUAAUAUCAGCCUUCUCGUCUCCAUCUCAGAGGCCAGAAGGUACCUCAGUCUGUCGCUGGCCGACAUGCUUGGGCUUUCGGUUGAGAUGACGAUUCUUUACCGCAAGAGUGCCCGCUCCAUGUCCACCAGCAGCAGCGUCACCAUCAACUUCAACCUGACCUUUGGUCACCGCAUGGAGUCCUUCAUCAGCCACAAGGACCGUAUUGCUGAGCUGAUGUGGACAUGGCAGCUCGAGAACUCGUCUGAGAUCAGUGACAUUCAGGUGUCGAUCGAGAGCAUCCGGCAAUGGCUGCUUCCCCAAGAUCGCCAGCUUCAGGCCCAGGUGGCCGGCCGCCGUUCUGUUCGCACUCCCCGUGCCGAGUUCACUUGCGAGUGGCUCGACCGGCCACUGGUUGAGUUCGCCCGCAGCAGAGACAGGGUCUUCACCAUCACAGCCGAGGCUGGUGCUGGCAAGAGCUUCCUCUUUGGCUGGAUUUUGGAGCGCCUCCAAAGGCGUGUUGGCCACCACGAGUACCAGGCUAUCUCGGCCUCUGUCGACAGCCAGGUCCCUGCUCAGGCCACACAGAUUGCUCUCGUCAAGACCCUGCUGCUUCAGCUCCUUGAGCAAAACGUCGGCAACGUCGCCCUGUUCCGCUGCCUCGCCAAUGUGACGGAGCUCGGUGCAAACACCAGCAGCACCCAGGAUGCUGAGGAUGCUCUUUGGUACACUCUUGACACUGCCCUUCAAGGCCUCGAGAACGUUGUCCUCGUCAUUGAUGGCCUGGACUCUCUCGAGGGUGACGAGGAGGAGAAGAUCGAGGCCUUCGAGCAUCUCCACGAAAUCGCCACCAAGAACAAGAACAACGUGCGCGUUAUUAUUCUGAGCCGUCCCCUGUCCAAGCCUUGGCCCAAGCCAACGCGCCAGAUUACCAUGACUGCUCAGCGCACCACUGUUGAUGUCAAGCACAUGGCUCGUGCUUGGCUCAUCAGCCGAAACAUCGGCAAUAAGCAGGAGAUUGAGGACAUCUCUGAGCAAAUUGCCGUCCGCAGCAAGGGCUCUCUCACCUGGGCCGAUAUGUCUCUUCAACUUCUGUCCAAGGCCAAAACUACUGCCGAGGUCACCACUACUCUUAAGGAGCUACCAAGCACCACUAAUGAGAUUUUGGCUCGCCAUGUGAGCAACAUCUCCCUCAAGGGCGAUGCUCGCUUGAUUAUCGCCUGGCUCCUUGCUUCCAAGCGUCCUCUUACCACGGUGGAGAUCCAGGCUCUGCUCGAGCUGGACACCCAGAGGGGCGUCCACCAACCUCGGUCCACCAACAUUGUUGAGGACAUCAAGAAGGCCUGUGGGUCUCUUGUCAUCGUCCAGGACAAGACUGUUCGCUUCCGCAACGAGGCUGUCCGCCUGCAACUCCUUGAGCUCAGCAAGAAGGAGAGCAAGGAUGGCGAGACUGCUCUGCUCUCUCCUGCCGAGGCAAACAAGGACCUGACUGCUCGUCUGCUCCUCUACGUCAAGACUUGUGUCAACCGUAAUGUUGACAGCAGCCUGGACACAAUCAACUCUCGGGAGGUUGACAGCCUCUUCAAGAGCCACGCUCUCCUUGAGUAUGCCACUCGCAACUGGUUGGACCACUUCAAGCGAUCCAGCUACUUCGCAGAGGGCCAGAUUCAAACCCCACUAGUCACCGGCGAGCUCAAGGGUAUUUUCCCCAACUCUACCCUCCUUGCACGCCUGGAAAAGAGAUGCUGGGACAACCAGGUCCUCGCAAGCAGCGCCAACUCCCAGCAUGUUCUCGCACUCACUCUGCGCAAGCAGACUCUGGGCGACUCCGCUCAGAGUGUGCUCCAGAGCUGCAUUAACGUCGCACAGUCCUACAAGAAGCUGUCCGCGCCUGCCGAGGCCAGCAAGUACUACUACCAGGCUGCCAAGAUCGGCCAGACUGUCUUUGGCCGUACCAGCGACCUGGCUCUCGCGUGUGCCACCGAGUCUCUGGAUAUCUCUGCCAAGAACAAGCAGAAGGCUACUGCCCGCAACGAGGCUGUCACGCAGCGUGAGGAGCUGCUCAAGUAUGUCAUUGAGACUGAGAAGACGCGUUCUGGUAACAACAGUGCUGUCGCUUCCAAGUACAACAAUGAGCUCGCUGAGCUGUAUACCAGCAUCAAGGAGACUGACAAGGCCGAGGCUGUGUACCGUGACGUUUACAAGACGUCUAUUGCCCAGAAUGGCCAGUUCUCUGCUGAGGCUACGGUUGCCGCCGAGAAGCUGCAGACUGUUCUCUACAAGAGUGCUAAGCAUGAAGAGGUUGUCCAGUACACUCAGCCUAUCUUUGAGUCUGCGGAGCGCAAUCUGGAUAUCUUUGAUAUUCGUCGUGUUGAGAUCACUCUGCGCAUGGCCGAUACCUAUGAGCAGAAGAAAGACUAUACUCACGCUGAAGAGCUCUACAUUUCUCUCUGGCGCGGUCUAACGGAGUACUGCCGUAGCACGUCUCUCGCUACUGCGAAAGCUACAGCGGCAUCGAUCUCCGAGGCCCAUGAGCGUAAGAUCCAGAUCAGCAUUGCAUAUGCACGCUUCCUGCGCCGCCAGGGUCGUGAAGCUGAGGCCCAGAACAUCCUUCACGGUGUCUGGCUCGACUACCAAACCAUGACGGAGCACAAAUCCGAGGCUGUUGUCAAGCAGCUGAACGAUGUUGGUGAGGAGCUCAAGUCUAUGGGCAUCCUGGACACUGCCAUUGCUGUCUUCAAGUCUGUUUGGGGCUACUUCAAGGGCUCUGGCCAGCAGAACUCUGCUGCGGCUGUCAGCACUGCUGUCUCUCUCAUGGGUGCCGUCCAGGAGAAGUCCGAGAAGAAGGAAGCCGAGGCCGAAAAGGCCAAGGCUGUCGUCGCAGCUAAGGGCGGAGUCCAGAUCGAUGCUGUGCUUGACACUGAAGCCGACUUCGAGGAGAGCGAUGCUGAAGAUGAUGAGGCAGACGCUAUCCUUGACGAGGUCAUCAAGACUGCCGUUGCGGCCCCUGCGGCUGCCGCAGACGCCAAGUCUACGACCAAGACCAGGGAGGUCGCUGUUGUCACGAUCGAGAGCCAGAUCCAGACCUGCGAGACUCUCUCCAACUUCUAUGUCAGCAAGAAGAAGUGGACCGAGUGCAUUGAAGUCUGCUCUCAGCUGCUCAAGCAGAUCUGGCCUGAGCUGGGCACUUCCGCCAAGUACAGUUUCCCUAAGGCGCAUCGGGCUGAAGCCAUCAAGUUCACUCGCCGUCUGGCCCUGGCCUACGCCGAGUCGAACCAGACCGAGUCGGCCGAGAAGAUGUACAAUGCUAUCUUCCAGUGCUCUCUUCGUUCCGGCCUCAAGAUCCAGGACGAGUUCGUUACCGAGUCCGCCAACCAGCUGAUCGAGUACCACAAGCAGACUCAGCAAUGGUCCAAGGUCCUCGCUGUCUACCAGCAGCUUCUUGAGGGCUACAAGACUUCACUGGGCUCGCGAAACCCUCUCACGAUCAAGACACUCUACAUCAUGGGUGAUCUUUGCAUCCAGUACCGCCUGAAGGGUGCUGACCGCUACUACCUUGAGCUGGUCAAGGCCGAUAAGAACCCUCAGGGUGUCAUCAGCAAAGACACCUUGCCAGCUGCCGUUGCCCUUUCAAAGAUUUACUACGAGCAGAAGCGUUGGGCCGAGAUCCGCCCUAUUUACGCCUCUCUGUGGGUUACCUUCACCAACAAGGCCAAGGAGUACAACCUGUCGACAGAGCUCGUGCAGACCAUCUACAAGAGAUACACUACCGUUCUCGACACCCACCUGAAGGUCAGCGUUGACGAGGUCCGUAAGAUCGCCGUGGAGUACCGCGAGACCUGCAUCAAGGUCUACGGUCCACAGGCCGACAUUACCCAGUCGGCCUCGCUGGCUUUGGUUGCCAUCUCUCGCAAGAGCACCAACGCGGAGCACCAGCAGGAGGCUGUCAAGAUCUGUGAGGAGGUCGUUGCCGAAUCAGAGAAGCAGAAGGCUGCUGAGGGCGGCAAGGAGGGUAAGGCGGUCGACGCCAAGAAGUCGGCCUUCCAGCUCUCUCUCCUUGCGUCUGCCAAGCGCCACCUUGCUGGCCUGUACAGCAUUCAGACCCAGGCCAGCGGCUCGGUUGCUGUGGGUGCCGCGGGUGCCGCCGCUGGUGGCAGCCAGCCCAGAGCCGUCGUGAGCCCCGAGUCUGCUCAAAAGGCUGAGGCUCUGUGGAAGGAGCAGCUUGAGAUCAACAAGAAGGAGCAUGGUUGUGCUCACAAGGCCACACUCGCCAGUCUGGCUUCCCUUGUUGGAGUGUGGGCACGAUCUGACAAGCCUGAGGUCCGCAAGCAGGCCCAGGAGAAGCUUGACACGUCCGUUGUCGAAGUCCUUUCCGAGUCUUGUGUUGCUGGUAAGUCGAGCGUCGACUCUACUAAGCUACACGAGUCUGGUAUCUCCCUUGCCAAGACUUACCUGUCCUGUGGCUUCUCCGUCCAGGCUUGGGCUUUGCUGAAGCAGCUGCGCUUCCACGUUGUUGCCCGCGGCAAGAUUGCUGGUUCUGCCUCUAUUGAGAAGAACUCUAACCUUCAGCUCAGCGACAACAUUGACCGUCGCUCCAUGGUCUUCAUUGCUGCGUUUGAGGAGUCUCUUCGAAGCUCUGAGGCCGCAACUGCCACGGUCAGUGCGGAUAAGAAGGUCGUCAAGGUCACUUUCUCCGACAUCAUGACCGAUCUGCUGACUGAGGGCAUUCUGUACGACCGUUACAGCCUCAGCAUCUCAAGCAAGGAACUGUCAGUUGAGCAGAAGCUGUUCGAUGGUGCUCGCCUAUACGUCUUCCUGAAGGCCAACAAGGCGCAGCAUGCGGAGCAGCUCGUCAGUGUCGAGGAGUCGCUUUUCAAGCUCUUCACAGAGAAGUUUGGCGCUUCCCUCAAGACAGAGUCGCUCGUCACCCGUGCUUUCCUCAUUUCCAUUGUUGAGGAGCUUGGUCAACUACGUCUUCACGAGGACGACCUCGUCUACAUUGCCUGCACUUCAGUCACUGCUAAGGUGCACGCGCUUCUCCUGGCCGACAGCUAUGCUCAGGCCGUGGACCUGGCCACUGCCUGGUACCAAUUCAUUUCCAGCCAGAACGGCUUCAAGAAUGCCAAGACGAUCCCCUUCGCCUUCAAGCUUUCGCUGUACCUGGCCGGCCUGGGCAUCAAGUCUAACAAGGCCGCUGAUGCCAUCAUGCAGAACCGCAUGCUGGAGCUGUCCAAGACCAUCCUCCGCGAGACUCUUACUGCUUGCAGGAGCAUGAACAUUGACCUGAUCCAGCUCCAGGCCUCCGAGCUUAACAGCCUGGUCCGCCUCAUGGGCCAGCAGAAGAACUACGAGGAUCUCGAGUGGCUGCUCACCCAGCUCUGGAACUCCCGUAUCAUCCAGUCCUCCUGGUCAGCAACCACCGUCAUUGCCGUCGGUCGCCGUCUGGUAGAGGUCCUCUUCGUCCGAGGCAAGCGCGACCAUGCCAUCACUCUCGCCGAGUCCAUGGCUUACAACUUGCGCCGCACCUGGGGUCUACUGGAUGCCGCUACGGUGGACAUGAACAACCUGCUCUCGUCGCUGUGUGUCUCUGACAGGCGGUACGCCGAGGCCCUCGAUGUGCACGAGGAGAUCCUCCGGGCUCUGCUCGACCUCAACAUGUCCGGCGAGGACGACGUCGAUGACGCCGCCUCCGAGCUCAUGGACUUUGAUGAGGAGAACACCUCAGCCCUCGCACUGCAGCAGCUCGAGCUUGUCCGUCGCGUGUACGCCCGCAACGCCGGCUGGCCCGAGUCGGACGAGCUGGAUAUGGCCCAGCUCACCACCGACGUUGUCGCCGAGUUCGGCCACCUGGCUCCCGACGCGUACGCGUCCUUCGGCGACGGUGACUCGUCCAAGUGGAGCAAGAACGCGCCGUCGCCCACCGACAGCGUCGGAACCUUCGUCGCGCCCGCCGUGUGGGAGUUUUCCCUCUCCGAGGACGGAAAGCCCGGCCAGCCCGCCGCGCUGCGCAAGAGCCCUAGCCACAUGCUCCGGAGCCUGCAGCUGUCGCGCCAAAGGAGCUACGGCGACCUUUCCGAAGCCCGCAAGAGGCUUGGUGACGGCCAGAAAAGCGGCCCAGCCACUGGGAAUGCGUUGCUUGCUGCGCCUGUUCACUGA